CUCACUUCUCCUGAUCAGUCCCUCAAGCACUUCGGGUCUCUGUUUAUUUCUCUUCUUUUUUUUUCCUUCUUUGGGUAAACAGAAACCUUACCCAGAAACAAUCUCAAGGGAUCGAGAGGAGAGAGGGGGAGAAAGAGGGGGAGAGAGAGGGGGAGCAAGCGAGCUUUGUCAUGGGGGAAACCAUGGAAGCCCCCCAGGGCAAGACCCUAAAGCUCAUCCUCCUCGCGCUCAACUGCGCCAUGCUCUCCCUUAGUUGCGCCGGCCCGCUCCUCAUGCGUCUCUACUUCAUCCACGGUGGCGCCAGCGUGUGGCUCUCCAGCUGGCUCGAGACGGGCGGCUGGCCCAUCAUCUUCAUCCCCCUCGCGGUAGCCUACUUCCGCCGGCGCGCCUCCGAGGGCCCCUCCGCCCGCCUCGUCCUCAUGGACCCCUUCCUCUUCGUCGCCGCGGCCGUCAUCGGGGUCCUCACUGGUCUCGACGACUACCUCUACUCGUACGGCGUGGCGCGGCUCCCCGUCUCGACCUCGGCCCUGCUCAUUGCGACGCAGCUGGCCUUCACGGCCGGGUUCGCGUUCCUGCUGGUGAGGCAGCUGUUCACGUCGUACUCGGUCAACUCGAUAUUCCUGCUGACGAUCGGGGCGGGGGUGCUGGCGAUGCACACGAGCAGCGACCGGCCGGCGGGGGAGUCAAAAGGUGCGUACUACGCGGGGUUCUUCAUGACGCUUGGGGCGGCGGCGCUGUACGGUUUGGUACUGCCGCUGGUGGAGCUGACGUACAAGAAGGCCAAGCAGGCGGUCACUUACUCGCUGGUGUUGGAGAUUCAGUUGGUGAUGUGCUUCUUCGCCACCGCUUUCUGCACCAUCGGCAUGCUGGUCAACAAGGACUUCCAGGCGAUUCCUAGAGAAGCGAGGAAUUUUGGGCUCGGAGAAGCCCAGUACUACGUGGUGCUCGUGUCGAACGCGAUCGUCUGGCAAUUCUUCUUCUUGGGAGCCAUAGGGGUCAUCUUUUACGCCUCCUCUCUAUUCUCAGGAAUCAUGAUCGCCAUCCUAAUCCCGGUCACCGAGAUCCUAGGCGUCAUAUGCUUCCACGAGAAGUUCCAGGCGGAGAAGGGCGUGUCCCUGGCCCUCUCUCUCUGGGGCUUUGCCUCGUACUUCUAUGGCGAAUUCAAACGUGCCAAGGAGGAAAAGCAGCAGCAGCAACAGCAGCAGCAACAGCAGCAGCAGCAGCUGCAGCUGCAGCAAGAGACGGAAGCGCUUCAACGAGGCCUUCCUUGAAAGUGAAAAAGUGAAAAGACAUGGCUUUUACUUAGGCUGCUGUGGUAGUAUGUCUUAUAUCUGGCCCGCAUGAAAGUAACAAAAGGAUCUUCUUACGUUAUUUAGGAGGUGAUUACUGUCAGCCUGCGGUUGCAUGCUGUCCCACGGCACUGCUACUCGCGAUCUGCAUUGUAGCAGAAGUUAUCUAGUCUUUCUUUAUCGUCUUUGGUGGCUGGAUGUGUAACGACGAGAUUGAAAAGAAUUAAAGGUCCAUUCAAGAAAAAGAGCAAGUUAAAGGAGGAAAAAA